CCCAUUCAGAACAGGCUCCUCGGCGACCCCUCUAAAACCAUUUACUUUGCACGUAACUUAUUUAACAAUUAUGCCACUUUGACAAGGCAAAUGCCAACUUUCUCUGCUCCCCAAGGGUAUUUUUGAUUACUAAAAUCCGCGUUUGAGGUCCUAUACGCCUUUAAGAAAACCCAGGCGUUUCUCCGUGGAGGAAGUAACCCAGGUUUUCUAAGUAGAGGAACUAAGGACAACGACGGGCCGAUCCCAAACACAGGGGGAACCACUUAACUCCACGGUGUCCGCUUACAACGCUCGGCGUUCCCACACGGAAUCCCUCUCCUGAGCACCAAGGGUCCCGAAAACCGGAAGCGGGAGUGUGCACUCUUGUUCGGUGUCCGUCCCGCUCCGGUGUGAGGUCGGUGUGGCCCACCUGGUCCGCCGUGGGGUGAGCGCAGGUCGUGUCCCGGGUCUGAGGGCGCCGCCCCAGCUCCCCGCGCCCUCCUGGUCCCUCUGCUCCCAGAGCCUCGGGCCUCCCUGGAGCCGGGGAGCCGCCGCCGCUUGUCCGCUUGUUUCCUGCGCGCCCCCGGCCCCGCGGCAGCCGCUGCUUCGUGGAGGCCGCGGAGGUGGGACCUGCGUCUGUCGGUGCGUGGACAGGUCUCAGGCGUGCUGCAGGGAGAACUAGUCCAGUCCAGUCAGCUGGGAACUUCAGGCGUCCGUCUUGCACAUCCGACAGUCACAGGGAAGGAUUUCAACUGCUCCGACUGGUGUGUGGACCAAACAUUAUUAAUCUGCCUCCAGACUGCCCAGUGCUCUGCUUCCACUCCCGUCCCUCUUCCUGAAGUGGCUUCUUGGGCUCAGAGAUGACAUUCCCUUAGACUUUCAGAAACUGGAAAAGGACAUGGACUCAGUGGUCGUUGAGGACGUGGCCGUGCUCUUUACCCAGGAAGAAUGGGCUUUGCUAGAUCUUACUCAGAGGAAACUCUACAGAGAUGUAAUGAUGGAAACCUUCAGGAAUCUGGCCUCAGUAGGAGAAGAGUUAUCCAGUGAACAUAUAAUGAUGCGACUCAUGAAGAAUGACACCUGGUCCUCUGUGGUAGAAGUCUUCGAAUCACGUGGCGAUAAAAAUGAGCCUAAAAACCAGGGGAGACAUUUGAGAAAUGUUACAGUGGAGAACCUCUGCGAAAGGGAUGAAGGCGAUCAGUGUCUGACGACCUUCACCCAGAUUGCAAAUCUUACUGGUCUAAAAAGAAAUCUUCCAACAGUAAAUGCUUCUGAACGCUGUGAGUGUGGAAAAGCCUUCUUGGAUCUCUCGUCAUAUAACCAUGAUCGUAGAUCUCACAGUGGAUGCUGUACCUGUCAGUGUAAGGAAUGUGGAGAAGCCUGCAACUGCCCUUCUCACCUAACCACUCCUAUGAGAACUCUUAAUGAAAAGAAUCCUCAAAAAUGUAAGGUAUGUGGGAAGGAUUUCAUUUGUAUCUCAAACCUUAAGAAUCCCGUGACAACACUCACUGGUAAGAAACAGUACAAAUGUAACAAAUGUGGGAAAGAUCUCUGUAGUUUCUCAUCCUUUUGGACACAUGUGAGUGGUCAUAAACGUGAAUGUAAAGAAUGUUGUAAAACCUAUAGUCUUUCAUGCCUCGUUUUACAUGAAAAAUUUCUUAACGGAGAUAAGCCUUACGUAUGCAAGGAAUGUGGGAAAGCCUUUAGGUGUUCCUCCAAUCUCACUAAGCAUACAGUAACUCACAGUGGAGAAAGGCCUUAUGAAUGUAAGGAAUGUGGGAAAGACUUUAGACAUGCUUCAUCUCUCACUACACAUAUAAGAACUCACAGUGGAGAGAAGCCUUAUGAAUGUAGGGAAUGUGGGAAGGCAUUUAGUUGUUCCUCACAUCUUAUUUCACACAUAAAAACUCACAGUGGAGAAAGGCCAUAUGAAUGUAAGGAAUGUGGGAAAGCCUUUAGUCAGUCCUCAUCCCUCACAAAACAUGUAAGAACUCACAGUGGAGAGAAACCUUACCAAUGUCAGGAAUGUGGGAAAGCCUUUAGUUGUUCCUCAGUCCUCACUACGCAUAAAAGAACUCACAGUGGAGAGAGACCCUAUAAAUGUAAGGAAUGUGGAAAAGCCUUUAGAUGUUCCUCAGACCUCACUACGCAUAAAAGAACGCACAGUGGAGAGAGGCCUUAUGAAUGUAAGGAAUGUGGGAAAGCAUUUAGUCAGUCAUCACACCUCACUACACAUAUUAAGACUCACAAUGGGCAGAGGCCUUAUGAAUGUAAGCAAUGUGGGAAAGCCUUUAGUUGGCCCUCAGACCUCACAACACACAUAAGAACUCACAGUGGAGUGAGGCCUUAUGAAUGUAAGCAAUGUGGGAAAGCGUUUAGUCAGGCCUCCUCCCUCACUACGCAUAAAAGAACUCACAGUGGAGUGAGGCCUUAUAACUGUAAGGAAUGUGGGAAGGCCUUUAGUCAGGCCUCAUCCCUCACUACGCAUAUGAGGACUCACAGUGGAGUGAGGCCUUACAGUUGUAAGGAAUGUGGGAAAUCCUUUAGGUGUUCUUCACACCUCAGCAAUCACAUAAGAACUCAUAGUGGAGAGAGGCCUUAUGAGUGUAAGGAAUGUGGGAAAGCCUUUAGUGAUUUCUCAGCCUUCACUAAACAUAUACGAAUUCACAGUGGAGAGAAACCUUAUGAAUGUAAGGAAUGUGGGAAAACCUUUAGUCAAGCCUCCAAUCUCACUUCACAUAUAAGAACUCACAGUGGAGUGAGGCCUUACAAAUGUAAGGAAUGUGGGAAAGCUUUUAGUGAUUCCUCGUCCCUCACUUCACAUAUGCGAACUCACAGUGGAGAGAGGCCUUAUGAAUGUAAGGAAUGUGGGAAAGCCUUUAGUCGUUCCUCACACCUCGUAUCCCAUAGAAGAAUUCACAGUGGAGAGAGGCCUUAUGAAUGUAAGCAGUGUGGCAAAGCUUUUAGUCAGGCCUCAGCCCUCACUACACAUAUAAGAACUCACAGCGGAGAGAGGCCUUAUGAAUGUAAGCUGUGUGGGAAAGCAUUUAGUCAGGCCUCUGCUCUCACUACACAUAAAAGAACUCACAGUGGAGAGACUACUGUAUGUCAAAAGUGAGGUGUUUCAUCCUUACUGCUGUAAUUUCAAACAGCAAAUUUCUGAAAGUCUGCGAUUAAAGAACAUAGCUUCUCUGUGAGUAGGAAAGCAAUAGAAGGUUCCAUUAGAGUUACUUUUUGCCUUUGAGAGAAAUGACAGUUUUAGUGUAAUGCAGGACUGUCCUCUUCGUUGUUACUUUCUCAGUCAAAGCUAAAUUUUACCUUUCUGUAAAUUGUUGGCUAUCACAAAUAAGUUUGCAGAGAAUAGCCUUGAGGAAAUAUGAUUUUAUAUUUGUAAUGUUUUUAAUAAUGUUAUUUUGCAUAUGAUUAAAUGCACUCACCUUGUAUUUGGUUUAUGAGUGUUUUCGUAUUUAACGUGUUUCCUUCCGGUCUUUCCUAUUGUUGAAGUUCACUGUUUUACCCUUAGUAAUUAGUAACUUUCUCUUCGGGCAGUACUUUGAAACUGUGUUGAUAUUCUGUUUGUGAUUACAUUUUGGACUACUAAUUUUGGUAUCCAUUGAUAAUUAGUAUCUAUGGUUACUAUUACUGUGGUGUUCAUCAAAUGUUAUUUUCUGAUCUAGUCAUUUUUCGUGUUGCUUAAUUUGAAUUCUGAAAGUAAUAGCUUUCCCUUUUCUCCCCUUUUCUUAUUUGUUAUACUGUUCAUAACAGUACAGGAGUCCCCAGAUUAGGAAUGAGUUCCAUUCCUAAGCAUGUCUUUAAGUCGAAUUCUUACGUACAUUGGAACCGCUAGGCGUGGUUCAUAUAUAACGUCAAUCAAAAGUUUGUCUUGGCGUGUAGUAUAUCGUGUACCUUUCUAUACAUAAAAAUCAUUAAAGAAACCCAGAGGCGCGAAAACAUCUUAAACAUAAUAAUACGUUAAUAAUAGUAAUGUUUCGAUGUGUGUCGCAAAGUAGCACCCAUUUGUCAUUAGGAACUUUUGCUACUUCAUCAGAUUCCUUCUUGGUACACCCUCCUCCCAAAUUGGGUAGGCCAAAAGAGACCUGCGUGGCCACUGUGCAUGUGAAACCCACUGCAGGGUGGAUCGGGGGGAUGAGAGGGACACGCGGAGCAUGGACCCUGUCCUUGAAAGGCAUCAUACAUGAUAUUGUGAGAGGCCCUGGCCUUUGCACAGCUCCAGCAACCAAGAGCAAGCUGGCAUCAUGCUGCCAAACAGGCAAGGGAUGCAGAAGUUGAGUUUCUGUAGGAAGGAGUCCUAAUUUAUAAUAAGAUUUAUGGGAAUUGGUUCAUAAGUCUGACAUUUGUUACCCGGGGACUGCCUGUAUAGGCUAAUCCAUAUUACUUUUUUUUUCUUUUCUUGCCCAAAUUAUCCCAGAUUUGGUUAUUAGGAGCUCCCUUAAGUAGAUUUGUGUAUUUAUUUGACAUGUACCUGUUAUAACUUGUAAAUUAUUUUCUGCCAGUAUUUGAAGCUCAUGUUUUCUUUUUCCUGCUUGUGUCCUGCCAGCAGACUUUUCUCCAAGAAACCCCAGUUCCUUUUAUUAGAGAAUGAUAUUUAGAGACAAAGAGCUGGCAUUAGGUAUCAGCUUACUGCUGCUGGGCUCUUAAAAUGGAAAGAGCUUAGAAGUACAUGUGUGUGAGUAUACAGGUAUGCAUUGCUUAACUAGCACUUCAAAAAAAACACAGUAGUAAAUGUUGGAGAGGAUGUAGGGAGAUUGAAACUCCUACACACUUGCGUAGGAACUUAAAAUGGUACAACCCCUGUGGAAAACAGUAUAGUGCUUUCUCAAAAAGCUAGAGAUUAGAAAUAUCAUGUCAUCUAGCAAUCUCACCCCUAGGAAUAUAUCCUAGGGAAAUUAGAGCUAUGACACAAAUCGACGUGUGUACACCCAUGUUCAUUGCAGCCUUAUUUACGAUAGCGAAAAGUUGGAAAAAGCUUAAGUGACUGUCAGUGGAUGAAUGGAUCAACAAACUGUGGCGGUGGCAUACACACAAUGGAAUACUAAAAAAAAAUACUACGCAACAUUAAAGAGUAACGGUGAACCAGCAGAACACCUCAUAACAUAGAUGAACCUGGAGGACGUUCUGCUGAGUGAGAUAAGUCAAUCACAAAAGGACAGAUAAUGUAUGAGACCACUGUUAUAAAAAGUCAAGAAAAGGUUUUCACACAGAAAUAAACGUUUUAGGAUGGUUUCCAGGAUUUGGGGCAGGGGGACCACUAACUAGACAGUAGACAUGUACUAACUUUGGUGAAGGCAGAAUAAUGUAUGAUAUGGGGGAAGUCAGCACAACAUAUUCAAGGUAAAGAAAGACACUGAAACGUAUGCAAGAGUAAGAGGCAGCAACGGUAAAUGCCAAUACAUAUACAACCUUGUGACAAGUACAAUAACAAACACUAAUGCUUGAGUAGAUACUAGAUAUGUAAGCUGAACAGGUAGAAGGUGACAUGGAUGUACACUCACGAAUACAUACAAGUGUAAAACAGAAAACCAAACCCACUGCUGUCAAGUUGAUUCUGACUCAUAGCGACCCUAGAGGACAGAGUAGAACUGCCUGAUAGAGUUUCCAAGGAGCGCAUGGUGGAUUCGAACCGCAGACCUCUUGGUUAGCAGCCGUAGCACUUAACCACUACCCCACCAGGGUUUCCAUACAUAUAUGUGUACCUGCUGCAAAUAUACGCGUUCUGCAAUAGUGCACAUAGGGGACACAGUCAUGAAAAUUUAGCCAUAGCAAUACACCUUCUGGGACUGAGAUACUGGGCUUGAGGGCUAGUGACCGUAGUCUCGGGGGACAUCUAGGCCAUUCGGCAUGUCAUCAUUUUAUAGAUGAUAUUGUACAUUCUGCCUCGGUGAGGAGAGACUGACAUUUUAAAAGCUUGUGAACGGCCAUGUAAGAUAUAAUAAGGCUCUUCCCUUCUAGAACGAAGAAAAUUGAACAAAACCAAAAACUCAUGUGAACCACUGUCUCCACUAGCCUGAGACUAGAAAAACUACAUAUUGCUCAGCUACCAUUUACAACUACUCUGAGCAGGCUCCCAGUAUAAGGUCAUGGACAGAGUGGGAGAGACAUAAAGAACAAAACUCAAACUCAUAAGACCAGACUUACUGGUCUGACAAAGAGUGGUAGAACCCCCAAGACUAUGACCCUUAAAACAGUCUUCAGAUUUGGAACUGAAAUCACUCCAAGCUUGAGAAAAUUCCCCAUUCUCACUCGUAACCCCAACCAUCCUCCAGAGUAAUUCUUGUCAUUAUUUUCUUUCUACUUUGAAAUAUUCUAUGCAUGUACAAACACAAAUGACUUUUUGUACACAAAUACUGCUUUAUCAUAUGUAUUAUGACCACAUCAUAGCCAUACAAUAGGUAGGCAUCUAAAAUGGACAGUAAAACCAGUGAGAAAUGUACACCUCAGAACAAUCAACUAUAAGUGACCUAAAGGGCAGCAUUUGCCCAAAAGUAAAGUUCAGAAGGAAAGUAAGAACAGGAAUGCUGGCUGAAUGGACACAGAGAACCCAGGGAGGAAGUGGGGAGAGUGCUGACAUUCAGGGGUUUGCAGCCAGUGUCACGAAACAAGGUGUGUAUAAAUUGUAGAAUGGCAAACUAAUUUGCUCAUUUACCUAAACAACAAAAUGUUCAAAAAAAAAAAAAAGCCAAGCAUGGCAAGACUUCAUCCUGCAUACUUUGGGCAGUUAUCAGGAGGGAUCAAUUCCUGGAGAAGGACGACAUGCUUGGUAAAGUGGGAGGUCAGCGAAAAAGAGGAAGACCCUCAGUGAGAUGGAUGGACACAGUAGCUGUAAUAACGGACUCAAACACAGCAACGAUUGUGAGGAUGGCACAGGACUGGGCAGUGUUUCCUUCUGUCGUAUAUGCGGUCGCUAUGAGUCAGAACCAACUUGAUGGCACCUGACAGAAAUUUGUGGUGCUGUCCCACCACUGCCUACACCUUCACUGAUACAUCUACCUUGUGUCCUUCCCCAGGGGUGCACACUCCAUCUUUCCUGCCCCUCUGCCCAUAAAGUCCCCCAGUCCAGUCUGCACCACUUGACUCUGGGUGAAUUUUCCUGGGGUUCACGGAUCCCCUCUCUCAGGUCUGCCUAGCUCCAGUACGUGCUUUGCCCACCUCCUCUCUCCUCCACCUGUCUCAGAAUGUGUCCUCUAUUUUGCUCCCGCCCAAGGCUUUGUUGUAGUUGUGAAUAAAGCUGCUGCCUCCUGUGGCCAUCUUUAAAUGGCCACGUUGAGCUGGGUGGUGAGUAGGGUAUGAAUGGACCGUAAAUCCCCACUUUCCUGCAGUCCCUGCUUCAACUCCCCUAAUGUGGUGCUUAGCCAGGUUCUCCAAUCCUUCAGCUGGUGUCCAGAGUUCCGAGAUAACUGGUUUCACAGGCUUUUACUUGUUUUCUUUGUCAUUGUUGUGGUAGAUUGUGAGGGUGCUAUUAUCUGUGUUGCCAUCUUGCCCUUCCUCCUCACUUCGGUUUCAAACCCUGCAGACAGAUUCAAGAAGAAAUGGAAGGGUAAGGGGAAGAAAAAUUCAUUUUUUACAAAAUGUUUUCACAGUACACAUUCAUGUCCAGUCGUUUGGUGGAUGUAUCUGGGGUAAGCACUUUCACAUAUUUAAACUGAUUUGACAGUAUUUCGGCUACAGAUACGGGUAGGGUAUUCAUUCCUUUCUAAUAAGAAAGUCUAUUUUGAAACUAGUAUCCAUUCCAGGGAGUAACUUAGACCAGGGUUCAGCAAACAUUUUUGUAAAGGGCUAGAUAGUAAAUGUUUUAGGCUUUGCAGGCCGUAUGUUCACUUUUGCAAACACCUGACUCUGCAGUUGUAGCUGGAAAGCAGCUGUACACAGUAUGUCCUUGAAUUAUUGUGGUCAUGUUCCAAGAACAUGGUACUUAAAGAAGCUGCUUUUGGGCAGAUUUGGCCUGGAGCUGUGUAGUGUAUUGACUCCUGACUUAGUUGAUUCAGAUACAAGGAGCAGGCUAAUUAUAAAGGAUUCAGUAAAAUUAAUAGAAAAAAUCACAUGCAGCUUCUAUCCGUUAGUGGGACUCACCUAGGGGAAGGUCUAGGAUGAUUACAUCACUCAGGCUCUUCCCUGUGACCCUAGGCAAUGCUGAGUCAACUCAGUCUUAUGGCAGGCAUCGAGCUUGUUCUCUUUAUGGUGAUGGAAAACUUGACAACGUGUAAUAGUGAUGGUUGCACAACAUGAUGAGGUUACUAAAUUGUACGCUUCAAAAACAUUAAAUUGCCGAAUGGGUUAUAUGUAAAGUUAAACAAACAAACAAACAAAAAAAGAAUUUCAGGUUAGGACAGAGAACUGAAUUGCAAACUUUUGUUUUUUUUAUAUUGCAUGUAUUUUAUGAUUCUAAAUGUCUUUUAUAUUUGGAAAAGGAAAUACCCCGAUAAAAAUUAAAUAUUCAAAUAGUACAGGGUAUACAACGAAAUAUCUCUUUCUCACUCUUGAUCUCAAUCAUCCUCCCCAGAGAAAUCCUUGUGAUAUUUUUUGUAUAUACAAACACAAAUGACGUGUUUUCCAGAGGUAUUUUUUGUAUAUAUAAACACAAAUGACAUGUUUACACAAAUAGUAUAUUACCACACAUAUUGUUUGUAUCUUUCUGGUCUUUUUCACUUAAUAUGUCUUGGAAAUCAUGUCACACAGCACAUAGCAGUUGGACUCUCUGUCUCACACAGCUAAUGUUUUAUAUUGCAUGCAUGGACCAUAAACUAUUAUUCAGUUUUCUACUAAAGACUUUUCCUUCCUUUUGCUCCUGUAGACAGUGUUGCGAACCACAUUCUUGGCCAUCCUGCACAUAUCUGAGUAAUAUCUGUCGAAUAAAUUCCUAGGAGUGAAAUUUUGUUAGGUCAACAGAUAUAUUUUUAAAUGUAUGCUUCAAAUUUUGAUAGAUACAGCCAGAUUGCAUUCUGUAGGAGAUGUACCAAUUUAAACUCUACCAAUAAUCUAUAAACAUGCCCAUUUCCCCAUACCAUCGCCAGCAUAGUGUUAAACUGUGAUCUUUGCCAAACUGAAAGGUAGAAAGUAGUGUUCCAUGGGAGUGUCACUUUGGAAGACAGUCUAGCAGUUUCUUGCAACUCUAAACAUAGGCGUACCAUUCUGAUCCAGCAGUAAGCACUCCUAGGUGUUUACCCACAUGGGUGAAGAUGUGUAUCUGUAUAAAAACCUAUACACAAAUGUUUAUAGCAGCUUUAUUCAUACUUACCAAAAAUUGAAAGCAACCAAGAUGUCACUUAGUAGGUCGAUGGAUAAACAGAUGGUGCCACAACCAUACAGUGGGAUACUAUUCAUGGAUUAAAAAGAAAUAAGCUAUCAAGCUAGGAAAAGACAUGGAGAAAUCUUAAAUGCAUACUGCUAAGCGAAAGAGGCCAGUCCAAAAAAGCUACAUACUGUGUGAUUACAGUUGACUAAAAAUGUGCAAAAACAGACAGUCCCUUGCAAGGACAUUCCGCUGCACACACUGAGGAAGAGAGCAGAUUUUUGUAUAUUACAAGUCUGGGCCCUCCGGAUCUCAGCUCACUGCCUCACGCUAAUUAGAGUGGUAACAACUGGAAAAUGGAGGUCCCUGGACAGUUACCUGAACUGUCGGUUAUGGGCACUGUCAUUGGGCCUUCUAGUGGCAGCCUCUAUCAAAGGCUGCGAUCAGGUGUGAUCACGCUAUGUAUGUCUUCUUGGCCUGGACCAGACCACGUGGUCCUCUCCUGCUGGUUUAGCUGUGCCUUUUUUUUUUUAGCCCCUUGCAGUCCCUCAGAACCUUCUUCAUCACAGUGAACCCUUCAUCUGUUCCUUGGCGGAGGCUGUCCUUAGUGGACACUGGGUAGCAUCACUCCAUUUCCCACCCCAGGGGCUGUUUCCAAUCUGUGAACUCUGGGCUCUGCCUUUUAUCCCUCAUGGGGCCUCUGGAAAUCCAAGGGGGUCGAGUGUCAUCUCAGGAUCUCCAGUGCACCCAAACCUUCCACCUCUGCUACGGAAGCCCUAUUUUAACACAGAGCCAAACUCUGAUCAUAUUUCCCACGAUUUCAAAAUGGGACAUGGAUAUAGCCCCCAUUUCCUUCCUUUUAGUCUUUUAAAAAUUCUUAUUCUACUUUUGAAGACACUCCUCUUAUGUCAGUGAUUCUCAGUUGGGGGCCAUUUGCCACUUUAGAGAAUAUAUGUCAGUAUCUGGAUACAUUUUUAAUAAUCACAACUAGGAGGGAGGCAUGGCUAAUAACGUCUGGUGUUUUAGAGGCCAAGAAUGCUGCUAAACACCUUACGAUGCAUACGUGUAUCCUAGGGCAUUAAUUAACUCUAUUGGAGGCCAGAGCACGUGGAGAAAAACUAGCUUAAUAAUAUGGGAAAACACUCAGGGAUAUUAUAUACACAUCCCUCUAACAUAACAACAGCCAACGUUUAAUUGGCCCUUGACAUGUGGCACUUCUUACCCUGGUGCUUUUUCAUAUUAGUUCAUUUAAAACUUCACAUCAGCCUUAUGAGGCACACGUUGUCCUAGACUCUGUCACAGCUGAGGAAACUGAGGCACGGGGAUGGUGAGCAUUUUUUUUUUCUCGAAGUCACUGUCUAUUAGGGUUGCAUCAAGAUUUAAACCCAGAAGGGGUGACCUAAGAGUUCACACUAUUAAGAGCUCUGUUCCAUCACCCUUGGACGGACUUUCCCAGCCCAGGGCAUUGGUGCUAUCACUGGAGGGAAGACUCAUUGCACAGAAGCUUCCGCAGGGCUCGCUUCAUGUCUUUGUUCAUUGCGGUGUGAUGGGUCGCUUUUGUGUGGCCUCUCUCGCAAUGGUCUUGUAACUCUCACCCAAGUGAUAGAACAGGACUGUGCAUAUAGGGUAAUUGUAGCCCACCAAAGAGAUUGGUCAGUUUUGCCAUCCCUCUGGGCUUGAAAUAAGCCACCCCAGAGGCAGGAAAGAGAGGAUCCCACUACUACCAAGGAAGAACAGCCAGGAGCGGAGAACAGGUCCUUUGGACCUGGGGUCCUUCCACUGAGAAGCUCCUGGAUCCAGGAGACAGAGAGAGAGCUGUAACCUUGAAAACGGCAAGAAGUGGUGGCAGAGAAGCAGUGGCAGGAGAGAGCACGAAGUGGGCUUCCUGGCCCAUGGAGUGAGAAAGCAGAGUGCCUUUGGGCAGAGUCAGAGGGCCAGGGAGAGGCGUGCCCGCGAGCACUGCUGAGAAGAGUUCCUGAUGGAAAAACUAUCUUUAGUGUUCCUGAACCUGAAUUUUAACCUGUUAAAGGAUGGAUUUGCAAGGAAAAAGAAAGUAUUUUGCUUUUUGAAUUUCGAGUAAGCAAUUUGCUGUUGGAUGCAUCCAGGUUGGAAAAGGCAGUGUCCAUCAGAAGGAGCCCCCUUCCAGGACUGGAAGUUAAAGAGAGCCAGCAAGAAGGCAGCUUACUAUGCUUGCUCGUGGUUACCACCUGGGUCCACUCAGUGAGUGGAAGUGGGGUGGGCAAGUGCAGCAAUAAAGAGACCGAUGAGUUUGGACAUAUUCCAUUGGCAGCUGUUGACCUAGCCCAUGGGGGUUAGGGAUGAGAGAGAGGAAGGGCUGGCUGGUCAGAAGUAAAGGGAGUUGGUGGACUCUUGAAGUUUUCAGGUGUAACCUAUUUACCUAGACCAAGAGGGCUAAGGAUGAGACUGUGAAGGGGCUGUCUGAAGUGUUGGGAGAUGUGUGUGAACUCUUGAGCCUAAGGCUGCUACCCAUUGUGACCAAGCUUGGAUGGCUAAGGAUGAGCUGACCGGAACUCGAUGGAAUGAAGAGGAAGAUGUUUGACACCUCAAGCUGGUGUAGAUUGCUGCAGUUUGAUGGCUUGCCCUGGGCUGGACUUUGCUUAUGGAUGCAGACGCUCUUAGUUGCAACUGGAACAGAAGAUUAAGACCAAGGAACAUGUUUGUCUUCUCAUAGUACUGAUUUGAUAGGGAUGAGUAAUUUAAACAUUAGGCGUCUAAAAUGGGGGGAGAGAAAAGCAUGAAGUGGUUUAUACACUUUCAUAGAUGUGGUUACAUUAAAUGAGGGGGACGUAGGAGGGUCCCUAGUGGAUAGAUUCCUCUUUCGCUGAUGGGUCUGGGUAAGAGAGGAUGGGAGAAGAUGUUGAUACACUUGGAUGAUUCAUUUCUGAGUGUUGAUGGUUCACAGGGUUAAUUGUGAUUGUACUGUAAUUGUAGAAGCUGUAAGUGUGAAAAUGUGGACUAAGGGGGAGGUACUGCUGGACUUGAGUACAGUGGCUGAACCUAAAGUCCCUUAAAUGUUUUGUUAUGCUGAUACCCCAUGAGGCUCAGAGCAAGGGAAUAAUCUCUCAGUUGAAUUUUAUCGUGCACCAGAAAGGGUGAAGCCAAGAUGAACUAUUGGGGAACCUGACCAGAGCAAGUGGAUACCUGAAUUGUAGAUGCCUGAGUAACCUCACCUCUUGGACUCUUUGCCCUAUUAAAGGACUUAUUGUUAAUGACUGUUUUGGACUGAUACAAUGAUUAGGAGGGAGAAGCUUUCCUCCAAGUAUGAAAGAACCAUGGCUAGAAAAGCCAGGGAUGGCCUGUGGUACGAUGGAUCGCCGUUGUGUAGCCUUUCUCAGCAUGGUCGUGUAACUCCCACCCAGGUGAUUGGGCAGGACUGUGUAGAUAGGGUAAUCGUAGCCCACUGAAGGGAUUGGUCGGUUUUCCCAUCCCUCUAGGCAUGAAAUGAGCCACCCCAGAGGCAGGGAAGAGAGGAUACCACCACUACCAAGGAGAACAGCCAAGAGUGGAGAGAGUGUCCUUUGGACCCAGGAUCCCUGUGCUGAGAAGCUCCUGGACCCAGGAGACAGAGAGCGAGCUGUAAUCCUGAAGAUGGCAAGAAGCAGUGGCAGAAAAGCGGUGCCAGAGAGAUGGUGGCAGGAGAGACCACGCAGUGGGCUUCCCAGCCCAUGGAAUGAGAAAACUGGGUGCCUUUGGGCAGAGGCAGAGAGCAAGAGAGAGGCAUGCCUGCAGGCACAGAUGGGAAGAGGCUGUCCAGAUGGGAGAACUGUAUCCUGAGCAUUCUUGAACCUGAAUUGUAACCUGUUACAAUUGUGAAUAUUCUCUGUGAGUUCAGUGUGGCCAUUGCAAUGAAUAAUCAAACCCAGAAGAGAAGUAAAGAGUGCUUUGAGAGAGACAGUUGGUGUCAGAAUUGGUAAAGAUGGCGGAGAGAGGAGGCAUGUCUGACCUCUGCCUCAUAGGAAUCAGCCUUGGGCUGUUGAUCUUGACUCUCCUUCCCCCUUGCGGAGUUAGUAGUCGUCAGAUGCUGCUUCCACGCCACUUUUACUGUCUACGAGCUAAAGGUGAAGGGGUCCAUCAUGGAGCGACUAUGGUGUACAGGACGGAGGCAAACACCCCUACCCAAGAGACGUGUGGGUGUAGAACUGACAGACACCCAGGAAGCUCCAUAGAAGAAGGAGACAACUGAGAGGUGAGACCCAGAGGUUGAAAGUGCUUCGUACUUCGUGUUAUAGAUUAAAUUGUACUCCCCAAAUAGUGGUUGUAAAUCCUAACCCCUAUACCUGUGGAUAUAAUCCCAUUUGGGAGUGGGUUUUCUUUGUUAUGUUGAUGGGGCAGUAUUAGUGUAGGGUGUGUUUUAAGUCAGUUUCUUUUGAGAUAGAUAAAGAACAGAUUGAGUAAGCAACCAAGCAAGCAACCAGACAUGGAGGAAGAUAGAUGCCACACCUUAUGAAGAUGAUAGCAGAACUGAGAAACAGAAGCUGAGAAGAGACAAGGACUUUCCCCCAGGGUUGACAGAGAAAGCCUUCCCUAGAUCCGGCACUCUGAAUUUGGACAUCUAGCCUCCUAAACUGUGAGAAGAUAAAUCUCUGUUUGUUAAAGCCACCCGCUUGCGGUGUUUCCGUUACAGCGACAUUAGCUAACUAAGACAGAAAUUGGUAUUGGAGCAUGGGGUGCUGUUGUAAAAAAAAUACCUAGGAUGUGAAAGUGGCUUUGGAACUGGGUAGUGAGUGGAGGCUGGAAAUGUUUUAAGGUGCCUAACAGUAAAAGCCUAGAUUGCCUUGAGAUGGUUGGUAGAAUUGUGGACAUCAAAGGCAGUUCUGGUGAGGGCUCAGAAAGAAGUGAGCAGAGCCAUAAAGUCUCUUUCAUCUUAGAGACUUAUCUAUGGUGCCAUUAACAGAACGUUCCUAAACGUGUGGACAUUCAAUGUGCUUUUGGUGAUCCUUUAACAGGCAAUGAUGAACAUGAGUUUGGACGAUGGAGGAAGGGUGGUGCUUUUUAUGCAGUGGCAAAGAGCUUGUCUGAAUUAUGUUCAGAUGUUUGGUGGAGGGGAGAAUCUGUAAGUGAAGAACUUGGGUAUAUGACAGAGGAGAUUUCUAAGGAAUGUCUUAAAGGGGCCGCAUUGUUUCUUUUUGCCACUUAAAGUGAAAUGCAAGAAAACAGAGAUGGACUUAAAAAAAAGAACUAUGAAAACAGAAUUUGAAGAUUUGGAAAAUUCUGUUGAACAUACUAAGGACAUGUUCCCUAAAACUCUUACAAAGGUCUUGAUGACUCAAUCUUUUGUUAAAGAGUUUAGACCUGUGACUGAUGGAUCUAACCAACUACCACAGCAGAAAAUCCAUCAGCUUAGGUUGCAGGGGGCAGAGAGAGGACGAAAAGAAGGAAAGCUGUCUGCUUCUUGAACUUCUACAGGCAGGAAACAGGCCAAAGGAGCUACACUUGUUGUUCUCCAAGAAAAGAAAAGGACCAUACCUGGAGCACUUGGAGAGCAUCAGAACCCUUGUAAGGAACACUGGGAGAAGGACUGACUCGGUUUCAAUGGGUGAAGCUAGGGCCUUCUAUGUUUCAAAGGGUAGAGCCACAGUCUCCUAUGUCUUAAAAGGUGAAGCCAUACCCUGCAAACGGUAGAGCCACAGCCUCCCAGGUUUCAAAGAGUUAAAUCUCCACCACCUUGGUUCUGGAACGUGGGGCUGCCAUUCAGAUAUGCCAAGUGGAUUAGGCUGCUACCCACAGCUGUUUCAAAAACAAUGAGGGCUAGGCACAAAGCAAUAACGUCCAUAACAUUCUUUCCCCAAGGGAAAGUUAUUAGUCCACAAAUCUCAAAGGCAUGUAAGACGAAAGGAUAGCAAAUACUAGAAAGAGGAAAUACGCCAAAUCCAAGAAUUCUAUCUCUAUUUGUGUAGUCUGGUGUUUGGGAAUAAAGGAUUUACAGGCCUGGUCCUGGAUCUUGGAAUGAGUUGUCCAUGCCAGAUCUUGUCUGGUUUUUAUCCUGGCGAUUUUUGAACUUCAGUUUGAGUCCUUAUUUGGUUUAACUGUUCACGCAGGGACAGUAGUUUUCUUCAAUUGAAACAGGUGUAUCCAGGUGUGAACUCCGUAGUUAAUUUUAGUUCCUUGUGAUUCUGGAUCAGUAAUACCUUGAAAUUUCAUCAGUUUUUAAAAAAGUUUCAGAAAUCUUGAUUUAGUCCAAUAGUAUUUGUAAGUGAAUUAUUAUAAUCCUUUUUGUAAGUCUGAUAUAGUUCAUUUUUGUUGAAGUAUUUUUAGUCAAGCAUUUUCAGUGAGUUAGUAAAGUAGAGCAUUUCUUCAGAUGACAAAUUAAAACAUGACCAUGGAUGACUUAUAAUAAUUUUUUAAAAGUGAACGACCUGAUUGAAAUUACAACAGUAACACAAACCCAAAUAUAGUUAAAGAAAAAAACAAUCUCUAAAUAUACUGAUUAUUUUCAUUUCCAAAGUAUUUCAGAUAUAAUAAUCUUGAGACAUGAUACUUUAUACCAAAAACCAAACCCAGUGCCGUCGAGUCAAUUCCGACUCAUAGCGACCCUAUAGGACAGAGUAGAACUGCCCCAAAGAGUUUCCAAGGAGCGCCUGGCGGAUUCGAACUGCCGACCCUUUGGUUAGCAGCCGUAGCACUUACCCACUAUACCACCAGGGUUUCCAUGAUACUAUAUAGUCAGGAUAUAUCAAAACUAGAUUAAGCUAGACAUUUGAAUGGUAAUAAAAACUUUGUAGAUAAAUGGUGUGGAUUCUGUAGUUUAAACCAUUGGCUUUGAUGAUGCGUGAUUUAAAGUAAACAAAGUGACUAAGUUAGUAAUGGAAAUAAUAUAAUUAUGACACAAUACAUGUUUAAUAUUAGAUAAACAUGAUUGGUAUAUAAAUUUUCAGUUCAAAAAAAUGGGCAGUUUUCUUGGUUUGACAACACAUUUUAUGUAAUUUAUAUCAGAUAACAGAAACAAAUCUUUUAUGGCUUUCUACAAAGUUUCAAAGUUGUCAGGAGUUUACCAAGAAUCAAUACUUAAGUUAUUUGAAGCAAAGAUUUUAACGGUUAAAACCUUAGUUUUUUCAUAAUUAUGUGGCUUUGUUUUUGAUUCAGGAAUUUGUUUUGUGAAACUUUUGCCUUCAAUGUGGAUUGCAUAAAGACUAAAAUUAACCUUUUAACUUAGUAGUUAAAGAAAAAAUUGUUAUCUUAACAGUGAGAAAUCCAAUUCUUUGUUUUAUAUGCUCUUUGACAUUGUGUUGUUGUUAGGUGCCAUCAAGUCGAUUUCGACUCAUAGUGACCCCAUGCACAACAGAAUCAAACACUGCAAGGUCCUGCACCAUCCUCACAAUCAUUGUUAUACUUGAGUCCAUUGUUGCAGGUGUUAACUACUUUAAAUGUUUAAUCUCAUUUUGGAGCCCUGGUGGUGCAGUAUUUAAGAGCUACGGCUGCUAACCAAAAGGAUGGCAGUUCAAAUCCACCAGCUGCCCCUUGGGAAUCCUAUGGGGCAGUUCUACUCUGUCCUAUGUGGUCUCUAUGAGUCAGAAUCCACUCGAUGACAAUGGGUUUUUAAUCUCAUUUAAUCAUCCCAAUAACCCAAAAUUAGUGAAGAAAUUUUUGUUGCAAGUAAUAAUAAAAAAAAAAAGAUAAAAAAUUGUUAAGUAAAAAAGUUUUGUUUUGUUUUUGGUUCGUAUGCUUGGUAUUCUUUGGGACAGCUGGCUAAAGAUGUGGCUGUAUCCAAGAGCUCAAUGAUAUCAUUCAGACAUUUUCUCUCUGCUGUAUUUCCCUCUAAGUUGUUUCAUCCUUAAACUAUCCUCAUGUUAUUAUGAGGUGAAUGUCAUCAACUCCAUGCUUACAUCCAAUCAAGAUAACAACCCUGGAGUGUUUCCCCCAACUACCUUAGCAGAAGUCCCAGAAUAGGCUCUGAUUGGCCUCUGCCAGUCACAUGCUAACUGGUGAAUCAAUCCCUGUGGCCAGUAUUCACUCACUGCCAAGCAUGAGUCACUUACCUGUCCUUACAGAUGGGAAGUGAGGUCAGCUUUAUUUGACCCAUUUGGACCAAACUAAAGGAGAGGCAACUCCCCAAAGGAAUAUCAGGAUAUCAUUACCAAAAGAAGGAGGAAGGGAUGAAAGAAAGGCAAACAUGAGUAGAUAAUCUCAUACACCCUACGGAGAAGGUACUGUAAUAGCUCAAAUUUCAUGUAAGAGGAAACUGAGGCUGAGGGAGGUGAAGUGAUUUGAUUAAAAAAAAAAAAAAAUCAUGGCCGCUACAUGGCAGAACUGGAAUUUAGACUCUCUAGUUUGAACUUUGAGACACUGCAUUAUUCAGCUUUCUUGACAAUAACAACCCUAGGUAAUAGUGUAUUAUGGUAUUUGUGCCCUCUUCACGGCCAACUUGCCUCCCUCCCCUUAAUCAUAGGAAAAGUUAGAAGGAUGAUGAGUAUGUAAUAUGUCCCCUUUUCUGUAAUGUUGAUCAAAAUGAUAAAAAACCCUCCAUGGAAACCAAGCCCUAAAAGUGAGAAAUUCCGUAUUAUAUUAAUGGUGUGUUUUGCCCAACAUCAUCUUCAACAACGUACUGGGGAUGUGAUUUGCCCCUGGUUAUAAUACGAAUAGGAAGCAGCAUUUUCCAAGCAUUUGAGGGUCCCUUAAUUAUGGCUUCUUUUUUUAAAUCAGUGAAUAUAUCAAAACAUUUUCAUCUCGUCAUAUUUCUUAGUUGUCCAGACUAUGUUCUUACCAACCUUCUUCCACCUUCACAAGGAUAUGAAGUCAGAAGCAUGGAGAAGACCUGAACAAUAAUGUCAGCCGUGUUGACCUAGUUGACAUUUAUGGAACACUCCACCCAACAAUAGUGAAGACACAUUAUUUCUAAGUGCUUAUGAAAUAUUCAUCAAGAUAGACCUUAUGCUGGGUUAUAAUACAAACUUUAACAGCAGAAUAAAAUGAAUGACAAAAUAAGAAGAAUUGUGGUAUAUUCAUUUAUUGGAAUAAAGCACAGUGACAAAAAAUAACUAAUUACUGCUAUGUGCAACAACAUAGAUAAAAAUCUGAUGGACAUUACUACGUUGAGUAGAUGCCGUUUGAUACAUUAUACUUCAUAGAAUAUUAUUAUAUGAAGUUGGAGAAUGGAUAAAUCUUAUCUCUGGCAACGAAAGUCACAACAGUGCUGACUCCUAGGGUGCAUAUCAAAUGGGAAAAGGGCGGGAGGAAGUCUUCGUUUAUGCUGAAAAUUUUCCGUACCUCCAUCCCAGAGGUUAUAUGAAUGAAUAUCCAGAUGUAAAAAUUCAUUGGGUUGUACACUUAAGAUUAGUAUACAUUAGGUACUAUGACAUGUGUGUAUAUAGGAGAAAAAAAUUAAAAACUGUUUAUGAUUGUUAUU